AAGAAAAAGAUUAUAGUGGGAUAGACCUUGGUCCUUCUUACCUGACAGUCCUGAUAUUAAACUAAACGCUGAGCAACCGACAUUUACCAUGAAAAAGUUUUUUGAUGAUAUCAAGAGAGAUGUUAAAUUUAAAUCAGCGGGACCUGGGAAGAAACUCACUGAGGACUCCAGCGCCAAACCUCGCGGGAUGCAGACCAGUGCCAAACACCAACCACAUCAUGCCACGCCGACAGAGGGUGCGCAGAGAGCUGGUGCUGCAGCACUUGCGAGAAUAGAGCAACAGCAGCGCCCUAAAGACAUCCAGACAUCCCAAAGUGCUAUCCGAAAUCAGGUCAAACGAGAGUUAGACGCGGAGGCUGCAGCUACAGCUGUUGCUAUUGAGAGUUGCAAUCUUUCAGUGAAAGAUUCUGGUGGUUUGUCUGUUUCUGGGAUUUAUUUCAUAUGCCCUCUCACUGGAUCCAAGUUAGCCAAGAGUGAAAGAGAACAUUGCAUUAAAGAAGCUAUUCUCAUGAGAUUCGCAGAGGAUCCAGUUGAAGCUUCCAUCAUGAUGAUUCACACGUUCAACAAAGACCAGGAAAAAGUUAAAGCAGCAGUGGAUAUCGUGAGCAAGUACAUUGACAACAUCUGUAAGAAUCCUACAGAGGAGAAAUACAGGAAGAUCAAAAUCAGCAACAAGAUCUUUCAGGAGAGAGUGAGCUGUGUGGAAGGUUGUCCAGAGUACCUGCAGGCUUUGGGGUUUCAGAAAACCAUGCUGCCAAUAGAUGGACAAGACACCAGUGAGGAGUUCUGGGUGCUGGCAGAGCAGGAUGAUGACUCCCUUGAGCAAAUUAAGAAGUGGAGGGACCAGCUAAAGGAAGCCGAGCCGGUCAGAGCCCGUCUAGAUCGUCAGCCACAGGCUUUCAGAUCAUCUCCUAAUGCAACACACUUUGAUCUCCCUUCAGAUUUUUAUAAUCUAACAGCAGAGGAGCUUAAAAGGGAGCAACACCUUAAGAGCGAAAUUGUGGAAAGGAAUGCAAUGUUGAGAACAAAAGCCAUGCGUGAAAAGGAGGAACAGAGAGAGAGAAGGAAAUACAAUUAUGCUCUUUUGAGAGUGCGGCUGCCAGAUGGAAUUCUCCUACAAGGUACUUUCCUGGCCCGAGAAAGGGUUUCUGCACUUUACCAGUUUGUGCGGGAGUGGCUGGUUGAUGACUGGCAGCCAUUUGAGCUGAUGGCUCCAGGAGGACGGAAACUGAAUGAAGAUGAGGACAUGGCACUCAAUGAGUGUAAUUUGGUCCCUUCUGCUGUGGUGACAUUUUCAUGGGAUGAGGCAGUGUUGGCAGACAUUGCAGCUGCUGGAAAACAAAAAAUGUCUGUGUUGAAGCCAGAUCUACUCGAAAAUAUUAAGACCCUCAGCUGAAUCAAUUGUCAUCAGAGGUCUCCUGUCCUUUUCCUCACAACUUCCUCCCUGAAUUGUCCAUCAUUAAUCUCAGUGCUGUGUGGCUUUGGAAGAAUAGCUUAUAUGAGGACAGAAGUCCGAAGUGUCAUGCAGUGUUGCACUUCUAAUAAAAGUAAUGUAAACAGCCAUAACAUGGUUAUAAGGAAAGAAGAAUGUUUGGACUAAGGCAGUUGUGUAAACUAUGUAUAGAAAAUUAAGGACAGAGAUAUACAAAGUGAAGAUGACCUCUUAACACACAAAAUGUAGUGCUUUCGGAAGGUAUUACUGAUCAGUCUAACACUGAAUGGCUGUGUAUGUACACCACAAGAGUUUGGUGACAAUGGACAAAUCCCAAAGUCCGGACGCACAAAUUUUACGAGAACGUGCACCAAAGUCUGUAAGGGCUUAGGGCUGUCCCAAUGUCGAAUUUCACAUGCAUGUUGCAAGUGUCAGCAUCAUCUGUUAUUAAACCUCGCCAUUGUGAAAUGCUGUCCCAAUCCCAUUAACACCCAUCUGAACCCAUGUGGCCUCACACUCACUUAGCACCUGAGAUCAAUUAAGUCUGAGUCUUAGUCCUCAGGAGAGACAUGGGCAUUCAAUUAAAUUUUGUUAGUCGAUCGUCAAUUCUCCCGAUGAUCAACUAUCAAUUAAUCAUUAAUAUUUUUAUAGGCCUAUUAAAAUUCCUUAUUUAUUUAACUUUCUAUAAAUUAAAAAUGUAAUGAAAAUACAAAAAUACAGCUUGUUUGCUGCGUAGAGCGAGUCUUGAAGCAAUGAAAUUCAUUUCAUUACCAGCCAGAGGCAAUAUUUGACACCAUUCUCAGUUACCUGCGAAUUUCCAUUUUGAAAUAAAUAUAGCGGUGCAUCCUGCUUUCAGUUUCAACCAAGGUCAUAGCACUUCAACACGAUAUUGCAGUGAACUAAGUCACUUUUAAAAUCAAAAUGGUCCCACGCCACAUUUCGCCAUGACCUCUAUGAUUACUUUUGAAAUCAAAACGGAAACUCAGAUUUCAAAUAUUUCAGAUGUCAAAUAUUGCCCUCGGCUGGUAAAUGUGUUGCCACAGUGAAAUUAAUUUAAUUGCUUCAAGAUUCACACUACGCAACGCAACCUACAAUAGUUUAAUCGAUAAAAUCAAAAAUUUAUGUGAUCAACCAAAUUCUUAAUGAUCAAUUCUCGAUUGUCGAUUAUUUAUGCCUAUCCUUAGUCCUCAGGGCUCACUUUUGGAUUCAACCAAUGCAGCUCAGAACAAUUCCCCUCCCCAAAUGAAGUUAUGGACAAGAACUGAACCACUGUACAGUGUGAUUUAUGACUUCCAGACUACUGGAGGGACACCUUGGGUCCAUUGCUCUGUUGCUACUGUAGCUUAGCCACUUUUCAGUUUAACAGUUUUAAACUUGUGCUGAGAUGAUUACGGUUCAAAAACCCAGCUCCGUUAAUGCAAUGGUAACUGACAGAGGAAUAGGCCCCUUGACUUACAAAACAAACAAAAAACAGCUGCAAAUAGCAACGUUUGUACUAACAGCACUUCUUAACUGUUAUUAGCUUCCAAUGUGACUGAUUCAAGCUAUUGGUCACUUCUCACUUCUGUUAGUCACUGAACCCUUGUAUUGGAAAAUGGGCUUAAACGCUCAUUCGGGGAUAAAACAAAGGCAUCAUAAGGAAUGCAAAGGCACAAAAU